AUGGCUUUGCCGGACCACUGCAUCAUACCUAAGGGACCGCUGGUGAUCAGAUUCAUGAUUUCUGAUGUGAAGACACAAAUCAACAUGACCACUUUGACAGAUAAUCCUUAUGAUACACAAACUAUAAAAAAAUCUAAAAAAAAAUUCUCAAAGCACUUUGCAAAAUCAAGAAACACUUUUAGCUUCAAACUCGUUAAGCUUCAAGAAAACAUAACUCACAAAAUAGCUUUUCUGAGAAGUUUCUUGGGUGGUAAGCAAUCAAUGCAGAGUAAAUCGUCUUCGAUACCAAGAGGAUUCAUGGCGGUUUAUGUUGGAGAGAAUGAUGACACGAAGAAGAGAUAUGUUGUCCCAGUUUCAUAUUUGAACCAGCCUUUGUUUCAAAAACUGCUGAGUAAAUCAGAAGAAGAGUUUGGGUAUGAUCAUCCUAUGCAAAUGUGCCUUGUGCACGUGGCAAGAGCCGGCACUGGCUUAACCAUACUGUGCCAUGAAUCUUUAUUCUUCAUCGACACAUCUCAGAUUCGAUGAAUUUCAAAAAAUGGCGUUGGGUGUAAUCAUAGUCUUUUGUAGUACAAGGUUCCCAUUACUCAAAUAAAUAGUAGAGAAAAUUCAGAUUUGAUUUGAUUUUUUUUUUUUACUUUUUUUCAUAAAAAAUAAACAAUUAAUAAUACACACUCGUGAUUAUAUAGGCCCAGACGUAUUUUAAAUAGAAGCCCAAGCCCAUAAAUUCAACGCCUCUAUCCCUGACAUGCGCUCCUUAAUUCUGAUGCUUCUUUUUCGCCCUUUUUGUUAGUACUUAACACUUGGUUGUUGACAAAAAGAAAGGGCUUAUUGCAGCAAUAGCCAUAUUUGAGAUGGAAAUUAAGAGAGUAGCCAUGAUGUUGACAUAAUGUACUCACUGUCUUUUUACCAUCUUACUAGCCGGUUAUAUCCUUGUAGAGAACAGGUUUCCAGUUCCUUUAACUAAAGUAAACGACGUGGUGAUUUACUGACCCAUAGUAACAAUGAGAGUAUUUUGGCAACGCCUGAAAUAAAAAUGAAAGGAAGGAAAACAUUCUAGAGAGAUGAAAAUAUAAAAAAACAGAAGUGUAAAAGAAAGAACGUUACAAACAGAGAAUGCAUGGAUCGUAAUGCUGAUGCCAAAAUAUAGAAAUAGUUCCACUUCAAAUAGAAUACACAUAGUAUAACAAUAGUUUAAAGUUUGUCACCGCCAUGUCAUAUGAGAAUAUUUUCCAUUCUAUCGGAUAUAGAUAAGUUUAUAUUUACUAAAAUAAUCACAACCGAAGACGGUGAAGUGUGCGGUUGGAGAAAGGUGAUGAUGUCGUUAGUGCAAUAAAUUUGCAAUUGUGGGUUACAGCUCGUCUGUGAUGAUGUAGUUAGUGCAAUAAAUUUGCAAUAGAAGGUAGUUAUAUUCCACAUAGUAUAGUGUAUGUUAUGUACAUUUCUAUCACUUAAUCAUUUAUAUUCGAUCCGAACUACAAUUCAACCUUAUAUAAGCCAUGUUAAUCAAAUAGUAACUGUAUAGUAUAUCAUAUAUACAUAUAUCUAAAUAAUAUAAUGGAGAUGGGAGACUUGUAUUUACAUUCCUAAUGAGCUAGAUUAUAUACAAAGGUAAAGGAGAUUUGCAUUCACCUUCACCCUACGACAAAGGAAACAUGAUUUCUUCAAUUAAAAACUAGUCGAUAUUAUAGGAACUACAAAGAAGUCCCGACCAAGACAUGUCGUAAGCACUACAAUAAUAUCGCUUAAACAUUACAAUAAGAUCAUUACAUCUUAAGAAAGCAGUUAAUUAUGUCUUCUUCUAUCUCUUCUUUCUUGACCAAAUCACUACUAAGCUCAGCAAUUGUCUUCUUCAAUUGUGCAAUAAUUUUGUUUUUCUCCCAAAUUUCGUUUCUAGCUUCAAUCAAAGCUUUCUUCUGCCAUCCAAAAUAGUUAUAUAGUUUUAUAUUCAUUACAUUCCACAUACAGUAUACUAUGUGAGGUGGAAACAAGUUUAAUGAGGGCUUGUUAAAACUAGGCUUAAGAGUAAUCACUAAACCCAAGUUAGGGGAAUAUAAACCCCAAGACAUAGUAAACGGAACCCAAACAUUUUUCUAAUUAAACCCACUUGGCAUAAUAGGGGACAAAGUAAUCACUAAACCCAAGUUAGGGGAAAUAUAAACCCCAAAUCCUAUUCUGAUAGUUAUAUAGUUUUAUAUUCAUUUCAUUCCAUUUACAGUAUACUAUGUUAGGUGGAAACAAAUUUAAUGAGGGCCUGUUAAAACUACGCUUGAGAGUAAUCACUAAACCCAAGUUGGGGGAAUAUAAACCCCAAGACAUAGUAAACGGAACCAAAACCUUUUUGUAAUUAAAUCCACAUGGCAUAAUAGGGGACAUAUGUAUUUAGAUGCUUCAUUACGAGGGAGUGUUAAAACUAUACUUGAGAGUAAACACUAAAGCCAAGUCAGGGGAAUGUAAACCCCAAAACCUAGUUAAUGGAACCCAAACCUUUUUGAAUAAAACUCGCCUGGCAUAAUAGGGGACAUAUGUAUGUAGACGCUUCAUGAGCAAAAUCAAAUAGAAAGAUAAGGGGUAUGAUAAUAGAACACUUGACAUCAAAUACUAAACCCAAGAUAGGAAAAUAUAAACCCCAAUCCAGCACAGGAAAGCGAAAUCUAUGGUAAACUUAUAUACAAAGCUUGUAGUGACAUGUAUAUUCUGGUGGACAUUUUCCAUUCCAUAUACUAUAUACGUCACUUGGAUACAAAUCUAAUGGGAGAGUGGUAAACCUACACAUGACAUUAAACACUUAACAAAAAUUAAUGAAAACAAGUACAUAUGAAAGACUAGGAGGAUGGUGAACCGAUAGAAGAAUGGAAAAUAGUAUUAGGAGCUUUACUAUUUGAGAUGAAAUGGAAUAAUUUGACAUGUAUACUAUUUGUCUUGUUAGUGUAGCUGAAUUCUAUUCCACUUGUUAAUUAAAUGAACAACAAAACGGACAUGACAAACUUACUAAUCAAACCACACCAAAACUACACAUAAUGGUUGAGGCCAGUUCUUUUGAACAUGCACAUACUACUCAAACAACACAGAAUCACCGGUAGCAAAUCAAGCAAUUGCAAACUUAUAGUUUACUAAAUAUCAUGGGUAAGUGAUUCCUGAUUACUAUGUCAUUCGAAGUGGAAACCUAAAAUGAAAAUACAUACCAUGAUAUGACAGGAUAUAGUAUACUACAAAAAAUGGUUGAGUGAUUCCCGAAUACUAUGUCAUUUGAAAUGGAUAAUUCCGAGCAAUAGUAGUAUAAACAGCUUCAUACGAUCUGUUAUUGGUUCCUUCACGAUGAUACAGAGAACUAGUAAAAACCUUAAUUUUGACGAGAUAGAAUCAUCAAAACAGAGAAACAGAGAAGAAGCAUAAGGAGGCAAGAACUUACGGUCGUGGCAGAGAAUUGAGAACCCCGCGGUGAUAUGAAGUUGAAGACACCAGCGGUUUUACUUAGCUCCGCCGACACUGUAAUGCGUUAGCGAAGAUGGAGAGAACCGAGAAGCAAAAUAGAAGACGGAGACGAUCUGAAGCGAGAACGACGGAGACGGAGGCGAGCGGGUGAAGGAGAUUUGCGAGAGAAGCGUAUGGAAGGGGAAGAACCGUAGAUGAAGAAAGUGGGUAUAGAGGUUGUGUGGAAAGGGAAGAGACACAAUUUACUUAGAGGUUAAAAGAAAAUGAUUUUUCAUUUUUUUUCAUAGCAGGUGAGCCGGUAAAUUAAAGAGGGUCUUACAGUAAUAUUAUGUAUAUAUCACGGCGUGUAUCGAUCCGUUAGGGUAAAGCGCUAGUCCUCUAACUAACGUUUUUUUCAUGGCUAUAAGUCCCAAUUUCCCAAAAAGAAAUAUAUCACUCUUGGUUUUCCUUCCGACAACGACAGUUAGUUUUUUUUUGCUAAAUGACAGCGACAGUUAGUUGUGUCACUAGAGACGUGUAAAUGGGGUAACCUGUCGAUUAGUUCGGUUCUGCUAGCAGGUCAAAUGGGUUACGAUGGGCGGGUGCAUACCUUCUUAAGUAUAGAUUAAUGUAUUCUAGUCCUUAUUUGAUUUAUAUUAUUGAACUUUUACGUCUUAUUAAUCCUAUUGUUAACAUACCUUUAACGUUAUUUUAACUUGUAUAUAGCGAAUAUCAUAUCGUUAACCAUGUUAUUCUUUUCUUAUAAUGAUGUCACUCAACCCUACGUUUAAUAAAUUUUCAUUAAUAUGAUAUUUACUUUUUACCCCCCCUCCAAAAAAAAAACCCUGCAUUUAAGGUUAAAAAGGACAAGUUUGUUUUUAACCUUGCUAGUUGUGAAUCUAUUUUUAAUGUCAUUCAAACCAUAAAAAUUCAACUCACAUAAAUUGACUUGUAAAAAAAAUUAGACAUUUUCUUACAUCCAUUGGAUUUUAUACAUUUUUCCAUGUGAAACUGUUAACGUCCAGUUUGUCGUGUAAUUAUUUGUCCUCUAAAUAGUAAAAAGAUUCAAAUGUUGCAAAUGGGGGGGCCUGGACUUGAAGGAAAAAUUAAGCCUCAUUAAAAAAGAUAUACAAGUAUGAAUCCUCACAUGCCGAAUUAAGUUGGAAUACGACCUCAAAACCCUACCUCAACUCCCAUUUAGUAGACAAAUGAAUCGAUGGCUAAUGAAAGCUUAGUCAUAUCUUUUGCCAUCUCGAUCGUUUUCUCUAGGUGCCACUCUGUCUUUCUUUUUCCCUGAUGGUAACCCUUUUGAAAUUCAACUGUUGAUCAUCGUACAAGAAAAUUAAGCCAAUAUGAUCUCAUCAUAAUUUCUUAUCUCUCCAGGGUCCAAGUUUGCUGCAGCCCAUGUGAUGAAAAGACCCUACAUUUCACUUCAGAUCUUGCCACCUUUGUUUUUCUUGACUUAGAAACAUAGCUCAUGGUUUCUCUUUCACGUGAAAAUAGAAAUUAGAUUCAGUCACUUCCUAAACAAAAACGUACAUCGAACUUUCCUUCUUAUUACUUGAUUUGACAUAAUUUUGAAUAAAUAUGCACUAAAAGUGUGUUUAAACAUUUUUAGAGUUCAUUUAUUUAUAUUAUGCAGACGAUAAUGAAAUUUUCGAUUUGAGAAAAGUAGAAAUAAAAAGUGUUUUUGAACAAGCUAUAACACCCGGGACAUUGGAAAGAAAAGAAACAGAGUUGUACAAACAGGACAGCUUUUAAAGGGUUCUCGAUUUCUGGCCGCAAAAGUAGAAAAUGGAGAUUCAGGAAUUUCCUAAAGUGAGCAGACAGAUUUAGUUCUAAGUAAAAUCAGUAAUAAAGAGAAAGGUGCAUGGCUCUGUAAAAACGGAAAGUUGUACAAAAGAGGACAGUUUUAGGGAAGGAGGAGGAGCCAAGAGUAACAUGGGGGCUUUCAUGUGCUUGGUCGAGACGAAAGACGUGUCCUUUUCAUUCCGUAAGGCGAAAUUGUCCCUUCAAAGAUUCGUAAAUUUUCUCUCCAAUCCUCUUCUCUUUCUUUCUCACUCAAAUUUUUUCCCCAACAAAUCACGUUCGCAGAACAUGCUAGCCUCUCUCCCUGACAACGACCCCGGUCUCUCUCCUCUCUCCAUUUCUGUGGUUGAUAAGAGGCAAAACCAUUAUUCUGUUUCACUUGUUGCUUGAUGUGAUACAUUUCGGAUGCAACUCCCAAUAAUCGUCUCCAGAUCAAAUACUAACCUUUGUAGUGUUGCAGAGUUACGUAUGACUCAUGUAAUUAGCGUUGCUUAAAAUACUAUCAUGCUAGGUACUACUACUAAUGUAUUAAAUGACCAUGAACAUAAAAAAAAAA